UUUUGUGAAGUGUGUGGCGUGCCACUUUUUAACGAUUGUACUCCCUGUGCGGUUGGUGUGGGUUUGGAUAAUUGCAGUGGGUGCCUUUUGAGUUCUCUGUUGAUCUGUGUGCAGCAGGUAUUCAUGACGCAGUAGUGAUUUGAGGCACAUCCUGUGGAGUGCUUACUCAGUGCUGGUGCUCUUCUGGGCUCUGGAGAUUCAGCAGUAAACAGAGCAGUCAAAAAUAUCUGACUUUAUGGACUUUAUUUUCUGGUGGGGCAGGGUGGAGGAGACAGAAAAUAAACAGGACAAAUAAAACAUAUAGUAUGUUAGGUGGUGAUAAGUGCUGAGGAGAAAAUAAAGCACGGUUGUGUAAGGAAUAUGGAUGGGGAGAUAUGGCACUUUUAGAUGGGGUGGCUAAGGAAGACUUCAUUAAAGAGGUGAUAUUUGCAUACAGAGCUGAAGGAGGUACGAGAGUGAGCCAGGGAGAUACCUGGGGAAAAGUGCACCAAGCAGAGGGAAUGGCAAGGACAGAGACCCUGAGACCAGAAAACUGGAACCCAAAGGGAGCAGGGACUUGGAAUCUUCCUCCAAGUAAUUGAAUGGCAGAACUGGGACUAGAAUCUGGCCCCACCUCACUACAGGAUCAAUUUUCUCCCUAAUUCUACCAUUUAGGAGUUUCUUCUGUCAUCAGGCUUGGCACAGAGCGUCCUGGCCCACACAACCGAGGAGCUGAGGUCAGACAGACGGACGCACGGACAGACGACAGAGGACGCGCUGGCCGCUGCACCCCGCUGCCUCCCCCUUCUCCCUGCUGCCUGCACCUGGAGGAUGAGCCCAGCCUUCAGGGCUAUGGACGUGGAGCCCCGCGCCAAGGGCAUCCUGCUGGAGCCCUUUGUCCACCAGGUCGGGGGACACUCGUGCGUGCUCCGCUUCAACGAGACAACCCUGUGCAAGCCUCUGGUCCCGAGGGAGCACCAGUUCUACGAGACCCUCCCUGCGGAGAUGCGCAAAUUCACUCCCCAGUACAAAGGUGUGGUAUCUGUGUGCUUUGAAGAAGAUGAAGACAGGAACUUGUGUUUAAUAGCAUAUCCAUUAAAAGGGGACCACGGAACUAUGGACAGUGUAGAUAACUCAGACUGUGAACCAAAAAGUAAGCUGCUAAGGUGGACAAACAAAAAACAUCACGUCCUAGAAACGGAAAAGAUCCCUAAGGACUGGGUGCGGCAGCACCGGAAGGAGGAGAAGAUGAAGAGCCAUAAGUUAGAAGAAGAAUUUGAGUGGCUGAAGAAAUCUGAAGUCUUGUACUACAGUGUAGAGAAAAAGGGGAAUGUCAGUUCCCAGCUUAAACACUACAACCCUUGGAGCAUGAAGUGUCACCAGCAGCAGUUACAGAGAAUGAAGGAGAAUGCAAAACAUCGGAACCAGUACAAAUUUAUCUUACUGGAGAACCUGACUUCCCGUUAUGAGGUGCCUUGUGUCCUGGACCUCAAGAUGGGUACGCGCCAGCAUGGUGACGAUGCUUCAGAGGAGAAGGCAGCCAACCAGAUCCGCAAAUGCCAGCAGAGCACAUCUGCAGUCAUUGGUGUGCGCGUGUGUGGCAUGCAGGUAUACCAGGCAGGCAGUGGGCAGCUCAUGUUCAUGAACAAGUACCACGGACGGAAGCUGUCCGUGCAGGGCUUCAAGGAGGCACUUUUCCAGUUUUUCCACAACGGGCGGUACCUGCGCCGGGAGCUCCUGGGCCCUGUGCUUAGGAAGCUGACUGAACUCAAGUCCGUGUUGGAGCGACAAGAAUCCUACCGCUUCUACUCAAGCUCCCUGCUGGUCAUUUAUGAUGGCAAGGAGCGGCCUGAAGUGGCCCUGGACUCAGAUGCUGAGGACUUGGAGGACCUGUCAGAGGAGUCAGCCGACGAGUCGGCUGGUGCCUAUGCCUACAAGCCCAUUGGCACCAGCUCGGUGGACGUGCGCAUGAUCGAUUUCGCACACACCACUUGCAGGCUGUAUGGUGAGGACAGUGUAGUACACGAGGGCCAGGAUGCUGGCUAUAUCUUUGGGCUCCAGAGCCUGAUAGACAUUGUCACAGAGAUAAGUGAGGAAAGUGGGGAGUGAACUUGCUGGCUGCAGCAGUACCUGAGAGACUCUCUGUGUCCCAGGCACAGCUGUGCUGCGUCGGGGAGGAGGCCAGUAUGGCCACGCGGUGGCCCCUGCAGCCUGGAGCUGAUGCGCAGAGGCCUCUGUGAGUCCCAGCCUGAGCCAGCCCCAACUGCUUUCGGAGUCUUUAUUUAUUUUAACUCUCUCUUCAACAUUCCACAUUUGAUGAUGCAGAUACCUCUUUCUUCCCUGAGUGUAAAUGUUCUAAUACAAAUCUUUUUGUUAAUUGUA